AUGACCGCUACUUUCACAAAGAUCGCACUCGUUGGUGGUGGUGGAGCUGUAGGGAGACCCAUCCUUGACAGCCUUCUCGCUGGUGGCGCUGCUACAGUCGUCGUGCUGUCCCGACCAGAGUCGACAUCGACGUUCCCUUCGCACCCAAACCUUGCUGUUGAAAGAGUGAAGUACGACGACGUCGGUGCUGUUGCAGCCAUCUUGAAGAAGAGCAGCAUCGAGGUACUGGUCUCGGCAGUCGGCGGCGGGGGUCUUGAAGGUCAGACCUUGCUCGCCGAUGCAGCCAAGCAGUCGGGCGUACAGGUGUUCGUCCCCUCCGAGUUUGGAAUUCCCACUGAGGGUGUGACGGAGGGAUUCGCAGUUGUAAAGACGCGGGUUGCUGACUACUCGAAGUCAAUCGGGCUUCCCGCUGCUCGUGUCUAUACGGGGGCAUUCGCGGAUCAAGCCUCAUGGAUUGGCUCGGUUAAGGAGAAAGGGAAGUUCCUCGUGCUCAAUCCAGGCGACAAAGCGUUCAGCUUGACCUCACUUUCCGAUAUCGGAGGCUUCGUCGCCUACGCCCUUACAAGCCUACCGCCCACCAAGCUCAAAGAUGCCACAUUCCGCCUUCAAGGCGACCGUCUCAGCAUCAUAGGCCUUGCAAACCUGUUCCACGAGCUCAAGUCAGUGCCAGUUGAGCGCGUGAACAAGUUCCCCGAGGACAUACCUGGCGUUCAAGCCAAGGCAUACUUGGCAGCGCAAUUCAAUGUCGGAAAGGGUAGCUCGAGCUGGGAUCAUGUCCAGAAUAAGGAUCUGGGCCCCGGCGCCAUCUCAAACAACUUAUGGGAAGGGCAUAAGUGGCAGACUAUUAGAGAGGUGAUAAGUUCCAGCCAGUAA